UAAUGCUCAAGGCCGAAGGUAUUGGUGUUACAGUUAGCAGGGGGUGACUGUCAACUGCUAUGUGACCCACCGGUUAGCAAUAGCAUUUCGAUUUAGGUUUCAAGCAAGUUUAAUUUCCUAUGGCUUCUUGGAUAUAUGAUGUUUUUCUGAGCUUUAGAGGUGAGGACACUCGCAAUUCGUUUACCAGUCACCUCUAUGAAGCUCUAGCGCAGGCAGGGAUCAACGCGUUCAAGGAUAGCGAGGAACUGAAAAGGGGAAUUGAAAUUUCGCAAGAGAUUCGUGAAGCAAUUGAUGGGUCGAGGAUUUUGGUUGUGGUGUUUUCCAAAAAUUAUGCAUCUUCUACAUGGUGCUUGGAGGAACUUCGGAUUAUGGGGUGCAUGGAGCGUCCUAAUGGGCAGAUGGUUUUGCCAGUGUUCUAUGAUGUGGAUCCUUCUCAAGUGCAAAAGCAAGAUUUUGGAGGAGCAUUCACACAACAUGAAGAAACAUUCAAGGAAGACUUGGAGAAGGUACAGAAAUGGAGAAGAGCUCUAACUAAAGCAGCUAACAUAUCUGGGUGGCAUUUGAAUCACAGGUCUGAGUCUACGCUUAUCAAGGAUAUAGUUCAAGACAUAUUAACUAAGAUUAACCGCACACUCUUAACAAUUGCCAAAAACCCAGUUGGAAUUGAUUUUCAUAUUCAACAACUAAAGUCGGCAUUAGGUCUUGAGUUGGAUGAUGUCCGCAUGAUCGGAAUUUAUGGGCUUGGUGGCAUAGGCAAGACAACCAUUGCAAAAGCUAUUUAUAAUUUGAUUGCCAAUCGCUUUGAUGGUUGCAGUUUUCUUCCCAGUAUAAAAGAAAAAUGUGGUUCCUCGAUGCAUGAUGGACUAGUUAAAUUGCAAGAAUUACUUCUCCAAGACAUCCUGUUGGAUAAAAUGCAUUGGUCUAUAAAUUUUGUUGAUAGAGGAACUAAUAUCUUGAGGGAGAGACUAAGAAAGAAAAAAGUCCUUAUUGUUCUUGAUGAUGUGGAUAAUAUAUUGCACCUGGAAAAGUUAGCAGGAAAUGGAGAUUGGUUUGGUCGUGGAAGCAGGGUUAUCAUAACAACUAGAAAUAAGCAGCUUCUAGAUGCACAUGGGAUUUACUGGACCUACAAGGUUGAUGAAUUAAACCAUGAAGAUGCGCUUGAGCUUUUUUGUUGGAAUGCAUUUAAGAAGCCUCAUCCCAAUGUGAAUUUUGAGGAGCUUUCUGAUGCUGUAGUUAGAUAUGCAGAUGGACAUCCCCUUGCUCUUACCGUGGUGGGGGCUUCUCUAUGCGGUUGCAGCAAAGCUCAAUGGGAAAGUGAGUUACAAAAGUUGAGAAGGAUUCCAAAAAAAGAUGUUCAUGAGAUGCUUAAGCUAAGUUUUGAUGGACUUGAUGAUGUUGAAAAGACAAUUUUUCUAGAUAUUGCUUGCUUCUUCAAAGGGGAGGAAGUAGGACGUGUAAUGAGUUUUUUAGAUGCUUGUGGUUUCUACCCUGAUUCUGGAAUUGAAGUGCUUAAGAAGAAAUGUCUCAUAUAUAGUGAAGAAAUGUUCUUAACUAGUACAUUCCAAAUGCAUGACAUGAUUCAAUUAAUGGGCAGAGAGAUAGUUCGUCAAGAAUCUCCUUUUGAUCUUGGAAGACGGAGUAGAUUGUGGUUUCAUGAAGAUGUUCUUCAACUGCUAAAUGAAAAUGAGGGAACCCUUUCUGUUCAAGGGAUAUAUUUAAAUAUGCCCAAUGUUGAAGUGUCUCUGCAGACUGAAACCUUUUUGAAGAUGAAAAAACUGAGGUUGCUCAUAAUACGUGAGGCUAAUGUGAUUGGGACUCCUCAGUAUCUUUCAAAUGAGUUAAGGUGGCUGGAAUGGCCUGCACCAUCCUCUAUGGUACCAUCAACUUUUCGUGCAAACAAACUUGUGGUACUCAACCUCCAACGUUGUUCUAUUAAGAAGUUCGAGAUUGGACUCAAGGGUUUUGAAAAUCUAAGGUACUUAAAUUUCAAUGGCUGUAAAAUGUUGACUGAAAUUUGUGAUAUAUCAGUGAUGCCGAAUCUUGUCUCUUUAGACCUCCAACGAUGCUCUAACCUCGAGUUUUUUUCAAGUGGUCUAAAAUCGAAAUUUCUUAAGGACCUUAAUCUUGACUGCUGCUAUAAGCUGAAGAAGUUUCCUGAUAUUCUUGAAGAAAUGGAAUGCCUUGAUACACUUUCGUUGAGAGCCUCUGGUAUCACAGAGCUACCUGCAUCUAUUGAAAAUCUUACUGGUCUCAUUGAUCUAAACUUGGAUUCCUGUGAGCACUUGGUGCGGCUUCCCAGUAGUAUCUACAGGCUUAAAAAUGUUAGAUUUAUUGUAUUGGAUGGCUGCUUUAGACUGGAGACAUUUCCACAGCCUUUGAAUUCCGUAGUGGUUUCUUCUAGUUCAGAAGGAAAACGUAUUCAAGAUUCGAUGACUUGUCUUGACAACCGCUAUCAUUCCACAUUGGCUGAAUUUCGUCUCAUGCAGAGUAAUUUCUUGAAAUUAGACUUCAUUAUGGCUUUCAACUGCUUCAAUUCGUUAAGAAGUUUGCAUUUGAACGGGAGCAAAAUUAGGAGGCUCCCUAGGGGGAUGAGCAAGUUUGAAGGGCUUGAGUUGAUCAUAUUGAAAAGUUGCAAACAACUUCAAGAUAUCCAGACCUUCCACCAAAUAUCAGUUUUUUGAAUGCAAGCGGGUGUGAGUCAUUGUCAAAGCUGGAUGUUGCAAACUUCUUUGACAUGAAAAUAAUCUCAAAGAAAGGUUACUUGUGGCGAGACUGGACAGAAGUAUUUUUGUGUCAGGGAAUCAACAACCACGAAAUGGUUCAGUUUACGCUACCUGGAAAUGAGAUUCCAAACUCAUUUAUACAUUCUAGCCCAAGCAGCUCUAUCUUGCUUCAGUUGCCAUUGCCUAUGAAGAACCAUAUUGUGGGGAUAAUACUUUGUGGGGUUUACACUAGGAAGAGUCCUUGCGACUGUUUCAAGGUUGAGAUUAACGGUAUAUUUCUCGAAGAGAUUCGUACUGAUUGGUCCAAUGAAUUUGAUCAGGUGUCGGUCGCUUAUUUUCCACGAAAGUCAAUACUGGAUAAAGUAUUGAAAGUUAACACGAGUCAUCUUGAGAUUACAGUUUUUCAAGUCGUGGACUAUUCAGAUGGAGGAGGUGAAAGGAAAUGGCCAGUAAAAAAGUUCGGAGUUGGUUUGAUAUUUGAUGGAAAAUAUGAGGAGACAUAUAUUUUUAGUGGAAAGAAGAGGAAGAGGAAUUAGAAGAGAAUCAAAGUAGGUUCCAAAUCAAAGAACUGAAACUGCAUUACAGUCGUAAUCGUAUAUAUAUUUCAGACAGGCCCAAAUUAUUCGUAUUCAUAAAUUAUGUUUAUUAA